CGUCUAUUUUCAAUUAAUUAAAUAAUGUCUAUUUUUAUGUGUGCACUCAAAUGUUGUUGUGGGGACUAAGUAUUUUCCUCGUUCCCUUUAUCAUACAAUACAAUGUGCACCAAAACAUUGCAGAUUUUAGUUCCAGCACUAACUUAAAACAUCACUUUCACAUCCAAAUUCUACUGAAGAGCUUCCACAAACCUCAAUGAGUUCCAAUGCGCGGUGUAUCUCGAAGACUGCACCAAUUUUUGGGACCAAAAAAUCCUCACAAAACCUCAUUUCAUUACACCGACCUACUACACCUUUGCAAAACCGUCGAUUCCAUUAAAAAAACCCACGCCCAAGUCAUCAUCGGAGGCCACGAGCAAGACCCAUUUAUCGCCGCUAAACUAAUUGAUAAAUACGCACAGAUUGGUAAUGGCGGCUCGUAUGUUAAACACGCACGCAAUGUGUUCGACCAAUUGUCCCAUAGAGACGUUUUCUGUUGGAACGUUGUCAUCAAGGGUUACGCCAAUAUGGGUCCUUUCGCGGAAGCCUUGAACGUUUAUGAUGAGAUGCGUUUGAGUGGUAUUAAUCUGAAUCGCUACACUUACCCUUUUGUGCUUAAGGCUUGUGGUGCUGAGAGAGCUUUUUUAAAGGGUAGAAUCAUUCAUGGGCAUGCGGUGAAGUGUGGAUUGGACUUUGAUUUGUUCGUUUGUAAUGCCUUUGUUGCAUUUUAUGCUAAGUGUCAGGAGGUUGAAGUGUCGCGGAAAUUGUUUGAUGAAAUGCCUGAAAGAGAUAUUGUUAGUUGGAAUUCAAUGAUUUCGGGAUAUAUUGCAAACGGGUAUGUGGAUGAUGCUGUAAUAAUAUUCUUUAAUAUGUUGAGGGAUGAUGAUAUAGGUUUUCCUGAUAAUGCCACCCUUGUAACUGUUCUUCCAGCAUUUUCUGAGAAAGCGGAUAUUCAUGCAGGAUAUUGGAUUCAUUGUUAUAUUGUCAAGACAGGGAUGAAACUUGAUCCUGCUGUUGGUUGUGGUCUUAUAACAUUGUACUCAAAUUGUGGCUAUAUAAGCAUGGCAAGAGCCGUUUUUGACCAGAUAUCUGAUAGAAAUGUCAUCGUGUGGAAUGCAAUUAUUAGGUGUUAUGGGAUGCACGGUUUUCCUCAGGAGGCUCUCGGUAUGUUUCGGUGUUUGGUUGAGUCUGGUUUGCAUCCGGACGGCAUUGUGUUUCUGUGUCUGUUGUCGGCUUGCAGUCAUGCAGGUAUGCAUGCACAGGGCUGGCAACUUUUUCAGACCAUGGAAACUUAUGGUGUUGUGAAAAGUGAGGCUCAUUAUGCUUGCAUGGUGGAUCUUUUGGGAAGAGCUGGUGAUCUUGAAAAAGCAGUGGAGUUUAUUCAAUCUAUGCCUGUCCAACCAGGGAAAAAUGUUUAUGGUGCCUUGUUGGGUGCUUGUAGAAUACACAAAAAUUUGGAACUUGCUGAAUUGGCUGCAGAGAAAUUGUUUGUUUUGGACCCUAACAACGCUGGGCGUUAUGUGAUUCUAGCGCAGAUAUACGAAGAUGCAGGUCGGUGGCAGGAUGCAGCCAGAGUGAGGAAAGUAAUCAGGGAGAAAGAAAUCAAGAAGCCAAUUGGUUAUAGCUCUGUAGAACUGGAAUCAGGUCAUAAAAAAUUUGGGGUAAAUGAUGAGACUCAUCCAUUUACAACACAGAUUUUCGAGACAUUGGUAAGCUUAGAUAAGAUAAUGGGUAUAGAAGCUCGCACACAAUGUGAUGUCAUUUUGUAGGAACUAGGAAUUAGGAAAUGGUGGACAAAUAGAUACACCAUCUAAUUGUUUUGAAUAAAAGAUACUAGUUUUCUAGAAUUGAUAGUCGCGUCUUCGUCCUUCAAGAUGAUCACGAAUCUGCUCAAGCUGCACUGUGAAAUGAAUUAACUGAUAUUGUUAAUUAUAGUUGAGGAGUCUCUUAGGACAGAUACCAAUGGUUAGACUUCAUCAAGUUAGUUUUAUUAUGCAAAAAUUACAAUUUUGAAUGAUAGAUUCAACUUCAAGACAAGAUAGAAGCCUGAUGAAAAUUUACAUAUGCGUGAGGGGAUAAAUAGAAAAAGGUUCAGUUCAUUUGAAACUUGUAAUUUUCUCAAGAUCACCAUGACCGUUGUUGUAAAUUAAAUUUGAUGCUGUUUUUGAAGAUCUUGCCAAUGUGCGAGCAAAUACCACAAUUGAAGUGGUGAUCGAUGAUUUUGAUUUGGACAGUGGAUAAUACAAAUCUUGAACCCAAACAGAUCAACAUUUUGAAUACACCAUCUUUUUAGUUGCGGCA